GAUGAUUUUUUUUGUUAAAAUAAUUUGUAAAAUCUUGUAUUUUAAUGCUUUGGCUAAGAGAAAAAAAUGCUUUCUAUUUUUAACUGUUUUCACAUGAAGCUAUGUACCAUUCAGCACUAUUUUUACUCUUGUAAAGCGUGGGUAUUUUGGUUAGGCUGCUAGAAAUCUGCUUGAGGUGCUUUUAUAGCUUUGGUCACAACAUCUUAUUUGGUUUUAUUUUUAUUGCUGGUCUAUAUUUGGUUGCUUUAUAAUGAGCAGUGUUACUGGUUUUGCUGUUGAACACUUCCUUUAGUUAAGCAUUAUAUGAUGCGUCUUAAGGAAGUGGUGGAUCUUUUAAAACGUGACUGCAAUGCUUUGUAUCAGAACUUUCUCAAGAUUCAUUGAAUUUUGUUCCAUUAGCCAUUCCAGUUAAAAUGCUCCAUUUAGAAGGGACUAGAACUGCAUUAUGGAUGUGAACAAGUGAUUUAAAAGAGCCCAGUGAAGGAUCAAAGAUUCAGUCUUGUGACAAUUAUACAAAGGCUUUGGUUUAUCUGAGUCAGUCCUUUCGUAAAAUUUGCAAUGCACGUGUGGGAGUGCGGGCUACUCCUUCACCUCACUGAACCACCGGGGGCCUUUUUUGACAGAUAAGACAUCAGGCUCGUCUGGUCCUUGAGCAACAUCUGUGACUCAAAAAGCCGGCCUCGCAGAGGAGGAGAGAAAACCAGAAAUGUUCCAAAACAAAGAGCAAAGUUCACAGUAAAACAAACAUAGAGGAUGCACUGGAGAGCUUUCACUCAUCAUUCAGUAGCGCUGCUUGUUGGAUCUUCAGCUUGUCAUAUCCUGGAGUUUUGCGUUUGGAAAGGCUUAACGGAGUUUAGCUGAACAUGUUUAAAUUCAAGAUCAUGGGCCUCAGCCCAGAUCUUCUUCUGGAAACACCCCUGGUGGCACCGCUGCCCGCAGUAUCAUCAGCAAGUGUCAGAGCUGUCCCUCUGAAGUCCCGGAGGCGCAGCAGUACCGGGUACAGUGUUGCCAAACCUCAACGGUUGCGCUCAACCCCCAGGCCAGGGCAGAGCAAAGGCAACAUGGAGGUGGGCAUGCGAGUCGUGCGGGGUCUGGACUGGAAGUGGGGGAACCAGGAUGACGGAGAGGGUCACGUUGGGACGGUGGUGGAAAUUGGCCGGCAAGGCAGCACCACUACGCCAGACAAGACGGUCGUGGUACAGUGGGACAGUGGCACACGGACUAACUAUCGGACUGGCUACCAGGGCGCCUACGACCUGCUGUUGUAUGAUAACGCCCAAAUAGGUGUGCGUCACUCAAACAUAAUUUGCGACAGUUGCAAGAAGCAUGGAAUCAUGGGAAUGCGAUGGAAGUGUAAGGUGUGCUUCGACUAUGACCUGUGCACACAGUGUUACAUGAACAACAAACACGACCUCAGCCAUGCGUUUGAGCGUUACGAAACUGCCCACUCUCAACCAGUAAGCUUGGCUCCAAGGCAGAACCUCCCGAGGAUCAUCUUGAAAGGAAUCUUCCAGGGUGUUAAAGUUGUUCGUGGACCAGAUUGGGACUGGGGUAACCAAGACGGCGGGGAGGGGAAGGUUGGGAAGGUAGUGGACAUUCGUGGCUGGGACACAGAAUCUGGACGUAGCGUGGCCAGUGUCACAUGGUCUAAUGGCACCACCAAUGUCUACCGAAUGGGACACAAAGGCAAGGUAGACCUCAAAUAUGUGUCAGACGGACAGGGAGGCUUCUACUACAAAGAUCAUCUCCCAAAGCUUGGUGAGCAUGCGGAGCUGCAACGACAGGAGAGUGCUGACGGCCAUUCCUUUCAGCAGGGGGACAAGGUCAAAUGUCUUUUGGAGGUUGACAUUUUAAAACAGAUGCAGGAGGGUCAUGGAGGAUGGAACCCCAAAAUGGCUGAGUACAUUUGUCGGAUCGGGACAGUUCACAGAAUCACUGACAGAGGAGACGUCAGAGUCCAGUACAGCAACAAUAUCCGCUGGACUUUCCACCCAGGGGCCCUCACAAAAGUGAACACUUUUGCAGUGGGUGAGCUUGUUCGAGUAUUGGAAGACAUGGACAGUGUGAAAAGACUGCAAGCCGGGCAUGGAGAGUGGACAGACAGCAUGACGCCUGUGCUUGGCCAGGUUGGGAAGGUGCUAAAAGUGUAUGCCGAUGGUGACCUUCGAGUGGUGUUUGCUGGUCAGACGUGGACGUUCAACCCCGCGUGCCUCUCAUCGCAGCCUGUUGAGGUGGAUGCAAACCUCAUGACGGCAGAGAACCCCAGCGAAUCUGGAAGUAAGGCCUCUGCAGGGACGAGUACUGUCAUUUCUGUGCUGGAGAAGCUGCUGUCUCAGUCAACAGAGCAGGACAAUCCCAGCCGCCUGGUCAUCGAGGCAGCUCACGGCAGUGCCAACAAAGUGCGGGAGUUGCUCCAAAAGUACCCAGACAAGGUGGAUAUCAAGAACCAGGGCAAGACUGCUCUGCAGGUAGCAGCUCACCAAGGACACAUGGAGGUGGUGAAGGCUCUCCUUCAGGCCAACAGCUCUAUCGAAGUCAAGGAUGAAGAUGGGGAUGCAGCGCUGCAUUACACUGCGUUUGGUAAUCAGGCAGAAAUUGCACGAGUGCUGUUGAGCAAGGGGGCAAAUGUCAACCUCCUGAACAACUCCAUGUGCACGGCGCUCCACAUUGCUGUCAACAAGGGCUUCACUGAUAUGGUCAGAGUGCUGACAGAACAUUCGGCUGACGUCAAUCUCCAGGAUUCAUACGGGGACACGCCACUCCACGACGCCAUAGCGAAAGAUUUCCGAAAUAUCAUUGAGAUCCUGGUGCUGGUUCCCAACAUCGAUUUUACCCAGCAGAACCACAGAGGGUUUAAUCUCCUCCACCAUGCUGCACUUAAAGGAAACAAACUUGCCACAGAGAAGAUCCUGGGCAGAGCACGGCAGCUAGUCGACGUGAAGAAGGAGGACGGCUUCUCCGCGCUGCACCUGGCUUCCCUCAACAAUCACAAAGACGUGGCAGAGAUCCUCAUCAAAGAGGGCCGCUGUGACCUGAACAUCCGCAACAACCGGAACCAAACUCCUCUCCAGCUCGCGGUGACACAAGGCCACACCGAACUGGUCUUGUUGCUGGUGGCGGAGGGCGCCGACGUCAACAUGGAGGAUGAGGACGGGGACACGGCCAUGCAUGUGGCCCUCCUCCGCCCGCAGCUUGCUAACGUCAUCCUCAGCCAGUCUGUGGGAACCAGCAGCACGGAGGAGAGCAGCGAGGGCUGUUCGUCCACGUCACUCUACUGCAGGCUGAGCGCCUCAGGUCUUCUUGGGAAUACGGAGUUAAGUGUGGGUGCAGCGAUUGCCUGUUUUCUAGCACAAGAGGGCGCUGACAUCAACUACGCCAACCACAAGGGCAAAAGUCCCCUGGACCUGGUGGCGGACAGCACCAUGCAGCACCUCAUCAAGAGUUUCUCUGAGAAGCACAGGCUGCAGCGUCUGCAGGCCAUCACCUGCGGACAAGGCCUGAGCAGCACCAGCAUGCGACGGGUCCACACCACGCCCAACACCAUGACCAACCUUGUGCUGCCCACCCCGCCGGGGCCCAGCGAAUGCCUCAUCUGCUCCGAGCUGGCGCUGCUCGUUCUCUUCAGCCCCUGUCAGCACAGUGUGGCCUGUGAAGAAUGCGCCCACAGAAUGAAGAAGUGCAUCAAAUGCCAAGUCACAAUCACCAAGAAGAUUCGACAAGAUCAGACAGAGGUGGACUGCAGCCCGAGCACAGAGAACUCUGAGCAGCACAACCUGCUGGAGCAGCUCAAGUCCCGCUUCCGGCAGAUGGAGGAGCGGAUCACCUGCCCCAUCUGCAUCGACAACCAAAUCAAGCUGGUCUUCCAGUGCGGACACGCCUCCUGCAUCGACUGCAGCGCCGCGCUCAAGACCUGCCCCAUCUGCCGCCAGACCAUCCGCGAGCGCAUCCAGCUGUUCGUCUGACCGCCGCCCAGGCGUCGCUCGACCACAUCUGCCUGUCGCACCCUCCUGCUUCCAAACCCAUGGUGGCUUCACAGUGAGAAAGCAGCUGGUCCUCGUCACUCCCACCCUCCGGAACUGUGUCCCAGCUCUGCUGCUUUAGGUGGAUGUCUGUUACCCAUCACCCUCUCUGGUCACCUGCGUUUACACGGCUGCACAGGAAGCUUCCUCCGGGCCGACUACAUCUCUCACUCGAAUCAUCCGAUACUAAUCAGUGUUAGUCUGCCGAGGGAGUUAGCUAAACCUCGAUACCCCCCCGCCCCCCUCAAAUGGCCUGUAUGCAGGGGGGCGUACACUAUAUAUGCAUGAGAAUAUGCAUAUUGACAAAGCUGAAAACGAUGGAAGGUCUGUCCCUGGUGUUUUUUUUUUCAUUUUUUUUUUGGGUUACAUUGUGUUGUUUUGCAAAAUGCACCGACGUGUGCAGUUUUUAUUUAUGUGUGAGGUGGUUGUUACUUAGCAUUGCCACUUUUCAGUUGCUUGCCAGACAAGCAUCUUCUCGUUUCUACUGAGCUUCACCCCCAAGCCUGCGAGGUCUGUGCAUCAUUAGUUGGUUCAAUAGAUGAUGGAGCUUCAUCUUCUCAGCAGGCGAGCAUUCAAGUGCUAGUGUACUGGAGACUGACGGUGGUGGGAAGUCAGUGAACGCACCACUGUAUUCCCCCCCUUGUUCUGCAAGGCUAUGUCCACUUUUUAAAAGUGACAAGAAAUGUCACAAAUUGGUAACUUGUUGCAAAGUGGACUGGCACUUUGACUGCAGCUUUAUUUCUCAAGAAAAGUUCAUUUUUUUAAACUCAUUUUUGAGUGUUUCUAGCUUCAUUGUUUUUCAGCAGAAAGCCCCCAGUUUUUGCCUCUGUUGUGAGUCAGAUGUUGAAUGAAAGAGUGAAACACAGACCCCACUUCCUCUACUCAGGGUAUCAAAUCAUUCAAAGCACUUGUGAUAUCCAUGAACGCUAAAAAAAAGAAUCCGCUCGUAAGCUUAACUGCUGCUUCAAUCUUGCUUCAAAAAAUAUAUCUGGUCUACUUCCCGAAUAUCUCUGUCCUUGUUCAGAUGAAUGUUUCUGUACUGCAAAUCAGGUUCGGCAACUAAAGCUGACGGGGGGAAAAAAGAGGAGCAGCAGUGAGUGUGUUUACUGUCUGACAGGCCUGCUGUUUGUUUACCGCGGAGGCAAAGGAGGAUGUUUGUGUUUUUUGUUAUUUAUCCAACAGAUGUAUUGUAAUAUAUAUUCAUAUAAAUACAUAUAAAUAGAAUCAGAAGGGCAAAAAGACGUUGUGUUACUCCUCCCGUCGUCUCUUCGUCCUCGCCGAUUGUACAUCAUUUGACUAUUUAUCUGUUUGCUGUGUUUUCUUGAAGGGCUUUUAAACACAAGAGAAAAAAAAAUGUUUUAAUCUCAAUGUUUUAUUUGCUCAACUGAACUAUUUUUCUGUUUUUGUCCCAUGUUAUGGGAGAGCCAAUGUUACAUAUGUGAAUGUCGGGGUAGGGGGAGGGCAAAGGGAUCCCGUCUCACUCUGCCUUUUCGUCCACAACAAAAAGAUGUUCACGGAGAGGUUGACGGGGAGCAGAUUUACAUUGGUGCCAAAAUGUGUGAGGAGUAUGCACAGAACUUUCAAACUUAUAUUCAAGUUUACCUGGUUCCGUUGUGUUGCCCCAAAGUGAAAGACCGCCACUGCCGUUCGAAAGCACAGAUCCCACUGAGGUGUGUUUUUCAUUGCUGCUGGUGAGGUCCUUCACUUCUGGCCAACAAUUCAGGCAUAGUCUUGUGAACACCUCUCUGCUACAUUUACCCCCCCAAUCUUUACAGAGAUUCAUAAAUAUACAUACAAAGACUGUGUCAGAAAGUUCUUUUGAUGGUUGUCUCUUUUGAGUUGAAGGGUUUGCAGGCAAUGGCAAUAAUUAAUAUUAAUAUAUUGAUUCUCAUUUAAAUGGUUCUCCCCUGAAAGGAGGAACAUGUGGGCAAGAAGUGAUUUCUGUAUAAAAAAAAAAUACAAUAUUAAAGCAGCAAAUGUUACUCUUGUACAGUUCAGCUCUCGGAGUUCGUCGGCCUUACAGUCCAUUCUUCGGUUCACUUCCUCUGUUUUAUUCUGU